AGAAGCAUCACCAUGGCCAUUGCAGCAGCUACAAUAGCUCUGGCCAGACCAACCUCGACGGCUUUGCUAACAACAACACACAGGGCCAACUGGGUCUUCACUCCUUUUGCUCUGUCUCAUUCUUCUUCUUCUUCAAAAUCUUCAAGAGCUCUCAUCCUCUACUCCAAGCCCGGCUGCUGUUUAUGCGAUGGCCUCAAAGAGAAGCUUCAGGCCGCUUUAUUGCUUUCCGGACCUGAUUCCAUUCACGACGUUGAUUUACAGAUAAGGGAUAUUACAGCCAACCCUGAGUGGGAGAAAGCGUACCAGUAUGAGAUACCUGUUUUGGCUAGAGUGCUAUCUGAUGGCACUGAGGAGACUCUACCUAGAUUAUCUCCUCGUCUUGGAGUGGAAAUGGUUCAGAAGAAAAUAGCUGCAGCCUUGAAACACUAGUGGGUUCUGGAUUCCCUUGUAAUCAAAGUUAAGUAUUCUUCUCAGUAAUGUAGGUCUUGAAUUGUAAGGAAUAUUAUUUUGGAAUAUUCAACUCAACCUUGUAGUCAAUAUUUGAAUUAAAAGGUCGACAAACUGUUUUGAUUUGUUUUCC